AUGGCAUCAAAGAAAUCAGAGGCAUUCGGCUCCAUGGCGGAAGGUCUGAAGCAACGACGCAAAUCGUCGGACGUACCAGACAGCAGUGCUACCGGUAGCAGCAAACGACCUUCCAACAAUAUCGAGCUCGAUGGCAAACGAUUUUCCAAAAUCCAACCCGACGACGAACCCACGGCGCAUCCACCGGGCUACAACAAGAAGAAACGGGAUAUUGUCAAACUCAUUCUCGCCGUGGUCGCUGCUGCAUUGCUACGAGGGGAUCCCAAGGUGGCCACUGUCUUGAGUCUUGUGUCUAUUGUCUGCUUGAAAGAAGGAACACUCUUGUCCGUCAAGAAUUUGAAAUGGCUCGGACUCUGCAUCAUCUCGGGGGGCAUGAGUGGGGCGUCCUGGUACCUCGAACGCAAGUCCGAAGAAGAAGAACGGGAACCAAAAACUAAAACACCAGAAGAGGAAGCCGGCUUCUUGUCGUACUUUGACAAGCCAAUCUGGGCCAGUGCCAAAAUUAUACAACUCUGUUGGGGUACCACACUCGGCGUAUUUCUGGUCAGUGCCUACAUGCACGGACACAACAGUUUGCUAGAAUUCGAUUAUCUAUGGGAAGCCGAAAAACCACCCAGUGGACCACGAAAAGAACCACCGCCCAAACGGUACUUGUUGUAUUAG